AUGAGUGACGGGAUCAGAUGGUUCAACGGGAAAAUGGUGUUGUCGUUGGAGCAGUUGGACAUGAAGAAGAACGACCCGAUGCGGUUCAAGCAAAUGUAUACGCCACACCUUCUUGAAGAAGAAACUCGCGCAAAAGAGAAGGCCGAGAGAAAAUCGACGCAACACUCGCGAAGGAGUGAAGGUACGAAGCCGCGCCGGUCGUCCGACCCACACGUCCAGGGUGAGAAGCGUACUUCAGUCAAAGCCGUUGUCUCUCCUAAAGUUGUAAACAAACAAUUAUCUGAUGAGGAAAAGCUUCAGAUGCUCAAGCGUGGUAAAAGGGUAGCUGAUCCACUUGUAAUCGCAAAUGCUUUAGCGAAGAUGGAGAGAGAAAAGAAAGAGGCGAAAACGCGUGAAGGUCCAACUAAAAAAAGUUUGACGAUGAAGCGCAAAACAGCGCAAGCAGACGGCGAGGAGAUUUCAUUCAAAUCAGCACCAACAAAGAAACCAUCUGCGCCUCUUAUUCGACAAAGCAAACCCCCCGAGAGGUAUGAGAGUUACACUAAAAGUAGUUAUGGAGGGGCGUCUAGUUACACGAACACUUACGCUGAUAAUGACAAUUAUGACGAUCAUUAUAAUGAUAAUUCCAACGAUGGGGGAAGCGAAGAGGAUUUGGGAUAUGCGCAGUUGUUGAAUGAAGAAGCGGAGAGUGAUCGUAUUGGGAGAAGGGAAGAUGAGGAAGAAUUGAAGAAAGCGAAGUCGAGUGGGAAGAGGUAUAUUGAUGACGAGGACGACUUUUAA